CCACUCCCGUGCGAGUGAGACGGUCUAGCUCGCGGGAAGUCGCCGUCCACGAUGGACACGACUCCCCCAAAGGAUCACGGACUCCCCCCCAAAGGUUCGCAGUCGUGGCUGAGGGACAUCUCGGGGAAGGGCAACCCAUUGUUGCGGACGAGCUCGAGCAGCACACUCCCCGUUUUCUUCGACCGCGAAGGGCGCGUGGGUCCGACCGCGCUCUGGCUGAAGGAACCUCACGUCUUAGCGGCUCUGUCGUCGGAUGGGAACGUGGAGGAGGCGAAAGAGGCCGAACUCGCACGAGCCGCUCAGGCUGCGCUAGAAAUCGCCCAGGCUGCGUCUAGAGAGCUCCUGAACGACCUUCACAAUGUCACGAGGUCGCUCGGUUUUUGGGAUACCAAGCUCCACGACACCUCCCGGGGGUUGUGGUGGUUCAUGCUCCUGCGAACAGGGCCUUCACACUUUUUCGGGGAGGUGUUGAAGUGGGGACGCGACAUCGUUUCGGUGUGCACGUCGACGUUCAGCGGCUCGAAGACAGGGAAGUUGGACCCUAUACGUACUCAAAAGCGGAAAACGUCCUCGCCGAUAUUUCAAAUCGACGCGAAAGUACGGGCGUUGUCCGCGAUGCAAUUCGGCCUCGCGACUGCUGUCGGCGAAGUUCACCGAAACGCCGGUGUCGUCGCCGCGGCAUGGGGGACGAGCGCGGAGAAGUUCGACAACGAGUCCCUCCGUUCGAUGCUGAGCGACUCACUCCACGACUUACUCGGCUCACUAGAAGGAGUGAGCGCGUCGAAAGCCACCCUGCCAAGUGGUGCGAGCCAAGAUGCGUUGCACGAAGCACACUCGGGAAAAGUGCCGCAGAGUCCUUUGAGCAAAGCGGUGAACACGGAGUUCACGGCCAGGAAAUCGGCGAGGAAACAGCACGACGAGUACCGGACCCCUUCCCCAGUCUUCAUGAAAACUCCCGAGGCGAGCUCGGCGAGCGGCUCCCUAGCAGAGGAAGGUUUUGCCGACGUUUGGAGACUCGUGAACUUGCUGAAGGACGAAGGGACGAAAGCUUCUUUGAGCGCCAAAAAGAUUUUGGCUGCACAUAAAAUGCCGGAAAAGUGGCAACGUCGAUGGGUCUUGUACGGAGCAUUAGCCUCGGCAGUGGGUGAGUUUCAUUGGUACUUUUUAUUCCUGUCGAUCGAAUUUUUCCUUUCAUUCAACGCAGACGCGACUAACCGUCAUUUCUUCACAGGCACGCUUUCGUUAUACACUAUACGACACAGCAGACUGUGCGGCUCGAGCGACUUGGAUCAGUUAUUGCAAAGAAUGUGGUCUGGUUUGCUCCGGUUUUGGCGCACUCACGCAGAAACUCCUUGGAGGUCGGGCAUGAAAUCGUUUAUCUGCAGCACAACUCGAACGUCGCGAUUCUUUGACACAAAAAAUUUAAUUAUUAACCACGCAAAUUAUGAAAUUAAAACGACCCUCGCGCAAGGGAAAUACGAUCCGAAUUCUCUCGAACUUUCGAGCAAAGUACCGACACGGUCGGGCUCCAGCAGUUGGAGUUCUAAAGCUUCGCUUGACCGAAUGCUUAACCAGUACACGAUCCAGGCGACAAAACCGGGUUAUAGCGCGGCGCUUUAUCGUGCGUAUAGAGCAGUCGGUGGCGGAACGACACCUGAAGGAACGACGGACAAGCCCGAUCCUUUCGCUCUCGUAACCGCGCGUGUUGAAGAAGAACUCAAGGCUCCACUUCAGAAUAUACUCGGGGGAGAUUUGAUGCAACUGCUCCUAAUCCAAACUCAAGUCAUGAAGGUGGACAUGGAAAGCGCUUUGAUGCAAAUGGACCAAAUUAUGAGGGCGAACAGGUUGAACUUUUCAAUAAUGGCCGGUAUGCCGGCGGUGCUAGCCGCCUUCUCUGCGAUUUCUUUGACAGGAACUUCUGUUGGAACUCGUUGGCAAAGGCGCAGAAAACAAAACAGAGAAGAUAUGCGUUUGCUUCUGGGUGAAGCCGAACGUGCUCUCGAAGAGUUAAGAUACAGUCGGAAUCAAAGCUUCGCGAGUGGGAUGCUGCUUUAUGCGUUAAACACGCUAUUCCAAAGCGUUCAAGCGCACAGAAAGUAUUUUUCUCCAGCUGAAUGGCGAGCUGUGAGAGUGGAUAUAAUGACUUUGUCUGACAACGAAGUUCCCGUGGAAUCAAAAUUAACCGUGGUGUCUCGAAUUGCGCGCAUGAAAGCGUUCGUGCCUGAACCUCACCGGGUACCUGCGAUUUAAAUAGUGCUAGGAUUUAAUUCAACUAUUUCAUUCUUUACUAUUUGCUAUUUCGACGCCCUGUUUUCGAUUGACACGCCGUGAGAACCUGCUUUUUGCACUGUUCCUCGGGAAAGUAAUCGAAUAGUUUCUCCACCUCGAGCUGCAAACCUAUCGCGCUUAACACGCCGACUAAUUUUAGCACGGCGUUCAAGAGAAUAUCCUUCGCUUUCUCCCUGGACUUCUUCUCCAGAGCUUCCGUUUCCAAUGCCGUCACUUGUAAGAGCGCUGCGUGUAAACUUUUGAGAUUUUGGAAUACGCCUGCGACCGUGGCGACGUUUGCCUCGGUUUCGACAUUGAAAGCGAGCUUCUCGUUUCCAGCGACAGCUGCGGUGGCGAGUUGCCGUGAGAACACCUCCAGUUCUCGGUCACUGUUGGUUGAAGCUCGAGAUUUGGAACCAGAAAUAUGGGUCAGUAAAACGCGCGAAAGGAAAUCUACCACCGAUGAAUUCACCCAGAGAACCUCUGCAGUCGUGUUCUCCGAAUUCCCAGAAUUUUCAGAGCGCGAAAUCAAAAGCAAACUUUUGGGCAAAAGUUCUCUCUGCACCACUCCAAACUCUUUCAUCGUGCAAGUUGGGAGUGCCAAAGAAGAAGCCAUCAGAAGUGCAGCGCGAAGCAGAGAUGGUGAUUCCGCGUUCUCAAUCGUUUCGAUUCUGCCUGCGAGCACCUCACUUCCAAGUAUUC